AUGGCUGCGUUUACGUAUUCCAAGCUUCCUCCAGGGUCUGAUAUGACCCGCAUGCUUCGCCUCUUUCCUCAUGAAGACAGCAACGCUCAGAUUAGAGGCGAGCUCAUCGAUUACAAUUUGUCAGAUACCGACGGUAGAAAGCACCUUUACGAGGCACUUUCUUAUGUAUGGUAUGAGGGCGAGGGGAGCAAUCACAGGGAACCUUGGUCAAUGAUCUUGAAUGACUGUAUAUUCCCUGUUACGAGAAAUCUCUAUGCAGCGCUCCUACACCUGAGAAAUCACCAGUUUGAGCGAAUGCUUUGGGUUGAUGCCAUUUGUAUUAACCAGAGUGAUACCGAUGAAAAAGAAAAACAAAUCCCAUUUAUGCGGACAAUCUAUGCACAAGCCAGUUGUGUCAUUGUCUGGCUUGGAGAGGCUAGGGACUAUAGCGACGAAGCAUUUGAAAAGAUUCGUUUUCUAGAAGAAGACAGUCUAAAGCAUCCAUCCGUCUCGGAUGGAGGCAUGACUGAUGUCUCUAGACUCUUUACUGGCCGAAGUCCGGUGGUAGAAGACUAUGCAUGUUCAAUGCUGCUACAGCGGAACUGGUUUUGCCGUAUAUGGGUAUUGCAGGAGGUUGGUGUCGCACGGCACAUCUCUGUCAUGUGUGGCCAUGCUGAGAUGAAUGGCUAUACAUUCUGUGAAGGUUCUAGCAGAGUAGAACUUUCUUCCAGUAUACUGAAUCAUGUCCACCCAGUCAUCCUUAUAAUGAGAGACGCAAUAUGUCGGCCAAAGUAUCGGCCUGCUUGGCGUGGAGCCCUCUCUAUAGGUGAGCUGAUUGGAAUGUACCGAAACCACAAUGCCACCGUGCAGCAUGACAAAGUGUAUGCAUUGCUGGGCUUAUGUGCUGAUGACCCGAAAGUACCUGCUUUGAAACCCAACUAUUCCCUCCCUUGGGAUGAUCUCCUAAAACAGGUAACUACAUACGUUCUGGGAGGGGAUAGCUCUGUGCAAACCUGGCCUGAUAGGGAUAUAGCAGUUAUAAAAGGCAAAGGGCGGAUAUUGGGUUAUAUUAAUCGUGUUGAAGUGAGAGCUCGUGGAGAUAAUCGAGCGAAUUUCAUGAUCGAGUUCCAUCAUGCUGCUAGCUCAGUGAACGUUCCCCCCUAUUGGAUAAGAGACUGGGUACUCAGAGAUCCUGGAAAGCUGAUCCAGGAGGGAGAUAUUAUCUUCCUUCGACCAAGGUCUCCAAGCCCGAGUAUUAUCAGACUACACAAAGACCAUUUCGAAGUAGUCAUGACGGCAGUAACACCACAGAACAUAGACAAAGCCAGUUUCGACUUGCUGCUUCAAGAAUGGCGUUCUAUGGGUGGUUCCCUCGACGAUAUUCUUCUUACGUGGAGAAUACCUCGGGGUGCACCAGAGUUUCAGGAAUGUCCUUACCAGGCGAAGAUAAGGCUACACAACAUGGCUUCCGCUGUGAAAAAGGUUGCCCACAUAAUCUUACAGAGAGAUUUGGACAUGGCAUUUUCAGGGCCAAUAUUUGAACACAUGCUUGUUCAGUGCGCAGGAAACUUUCCAUUCUGUGAAGAUGUGGUCAAGGCAGCAGCAGGAACUGGGGGAUAUACAAGUUUAAGAUCGCUUAUUAAACACGGGGGAGAGAAUCUACCAAUUACUGAGGAGGUGGUUAAGGUAGCAGUAGAAACCCAGGCAUUUAGAUGUUUGGAAUUGCUUCUCAACUACCGAGGAGACAGUCUACCAGUUACUGAGGAGAUGGUCAGAACAGCAGCAGCAAGAAAGACGCCGUCUAGUGGUAAAGUUAUGGAUGUACUCAUCCAAUACCGAGGCGACAGGCUACCUAUUACUGAAGAUGUGCUCAAGGCAGCAGCAGCAAAUACACUGGGUGGAUAUAGGAUUAUGGAAAUAUUGUUCCAGCACCGAGGAGAGAGUCUACCCAUCACUGAGGCGGUGGUGCAGGCAGCAGCUACGUACGGAGAUCCUCUAACCCUGCAACUUCUCUUAAAGUAUCGACAAAAACAGCCUACCAAUAUCCGACGAUUUCAUCAAGGCAGUCGCUGA